AUGCCUCUAACACUUCCCGGAGCUGGUUCCUUUUCUUUUUUUAAGAGUCCCCCGCUAACCACUACUUCUUUGAUAUUUAAUGAUGAACAUAACAUUUCCACCCUCUCCGCUACCACCUCCUCCUCAAACCUCAACAACAAAACUGCUGCCGCAACUGAAACACGGGAUCCGUGCAACGCUAUUCCCGCAGAAAGUAGGAUAGAUAAUGGUAGUAUUAAAAGCGAAAAGACCUCAAAUCUCUUGAACCCAGUGGUUUCUGCAGAAAGGAGGGCUCGUUCCGUGGACGCUGCUAUAAAUCGCUGCCGUCGGGGUAGCAAUUGCAGCUCAAAAGCUAGUAACAAGAAACCUGUGUGGUUCAAAACAUUAAUGCAUCGAAUGCAGCAAACCUUCUUUAGAUUCAACAAUGAAUCCGGGGGUCAAGUGAAGGUGAACGAUGAUGUUUCCUCUCCUCGACCGAGAUCGAGCGCCGACGCCGUUCGUCAAGAAGUUUGCAACAGAGCAACCGACGAACAAGAGAAUACUGUUUUAUCGCCGGACGAAGAGUGCAUUGAACAGGAAGAUUCCGACCACCCCAUGCCUAAGCCCGAAGUUUUGCAUCAAGCCGGACGGUUCACCAUUGUGCGAGAGCGCGAAGAUUUUGAUACCAUAAUAUUUGAUCAGUGUCAUUGUUUGCAAAAACCCUGUAAAUAUUUAUCAAGUGGCGGGGUUCAUCCUCCCCCACCACUGGAACUUUCAUCAGAGUCAACGCCGUAUCCUUCCCGGACCCGAAAUAUGAACGAGAGUGAAGGCGUGUGGAACAAUAAUAACAAGUCGCACCUUCAACCCAAUGCAAACAUUCAUGGAAGGACUGUUUCCUCGGCAACCACGAGAGCAAGAAAGCCUUCCAUUGUUAAUAUGCACCAGGAGUUUCUUCCUAGCAAAAGACAUAGUUCGGUGUUUGUGGCACCGACGUCAUCCUCAUCACAUCACCAUUCCUCGUCGUCAAGAACAUCCAUCUCUUCUUCCCAUGAACCUCACACCACAAUAAGUUCACAUUCGGGUAGAAAGUUUGAGGUUGAAUGGUACUCCUCAUCAGUUGCUUCUUCGAAUUCCUCUGCUUCCUCAGAGUUUGUCUCCUCCUCACCUGCUUCCACCAUCAGUGCAUUCAGUUUUGCCUCAAGCCCCGGUACAAAUUCAUACUCCCCCGCAACAACGCUAAGCCGUCAACGUAGCAGCACUCUCAGUAGCAAGCAUGGUCGUAAAUUUGAGGUUACGGUUUUAUCAUCGGACAACGAU